AUGAAUCCGGAGGACACAUAUAAAACUGCCUUCGUGACUCCAUCUGGGAAAUAUGAGUACCCUGUGAUGUCUUUUGGUCUAGUUAACGCACCUAGUACGUUCGCUAGAUAUAUGGCUGACAUUUUCCGAGGGUUGAAGUUCGUCAAUGUCUAUCUAGAUGACAUUUUAAUCUUCUCUGAAACAUUGGAAGAACAUUGGAGUCAUCUAGAUACGGUUUUGAACAUUCUACGAGAGAAGAAUCUGAUUGUAAAGAGGAAAAAGUGUCGAUUUGCUGCAAAGCAAACCGAAUUCUUAGGUUAUAAGACCGGAGUCAACAAGAUAGAACCCUUACAGAAUAAAUGUGAGGCCGUUGAGAAGUACCCGACACCUAAAACGAUAAAGGAAGCUCAAAGGUUUUUAGGAAUGAUAAAUUACUAUAGACGAUUUAUUCCGACUUGCUCCCAGAUAGCGCAACCGAUCCAAUUGUUUAUUUGUAACAAAAGUCGUUGGACCGAGUUACAAGACAAAGCAGUGGAUGAGCUGAAAGCAGCGCUCUGCAAUUCGCCGGUACUGAUUCUGUUCAAAAGCAAAGCAUCUUACCGAUUAACCACAGAUGCCUCUAAAGAUGGCAUUGGUGCUGUUCUAGAAGAGGUUAAUGCCAAGAAUAAGCUCAUUGCCGUUGUUGGUUAUUUCUCCAAAUCGUUAGAAAGUGCUCAGAAAAACUACCCUGCUGGUGAACUAGAACUAUUAGGCAUUAUUAAAGACUUACAACACUUCAGGUACUUGCUGCAUGGUAAACGCUUUACCUUGAGAACGGACCAUAUCAGUUUACUGUCACUCCAGAAUAAAAAUGAGCCAGCCCGGAGGGUUCAAAGAUGGCUAGAUGACCUAGCCACCUAUGACUGCACCCUAGAAUAUCUCGCUGGUCCUAAGAACGUAGUUGCAGAUGCCAUAUCCCGUGCGGUAUACGUGGUAGAAUCUGAACUACCGGCUUCCCUGAAUCUGGAACAAUGGAAAUUGGAUUAUAAAUCCGACCCACUAUGUAGUGCUGCUCUAAUUCACAUGAAAGAAUUAACGAGACACAACGUUAGUGCCCAGGAUAUGUCCGCUUUCCAAAGUUACCAGAAGAAAUUCUUACUCUCGGAGACCUUCCGAUGCAAGUACUCAACAUCCAAUGGUUUAAUUUACUACCGAGAUCGAAUCGUUGUACCCACAAUCCAUCAAAACGAUGUCAUGAAGCUAUACCAUGAUCAUACCUUGUUCGGAGGGCACUUUGGCGUUACAGUUACAAUCGGGAAAAUAGCCCCAAUAUACUACUGGCCAAAGUUACAACAUUCCAUUGAGCGGUAUAUCCGGACAUGCGUCCAACGCCAGUUGAUAAAAGCCCAUAUACCACGCCAGCACGGCUUGCUGAACCCGCUACCCGUAGCGGACGGAAGAUGGCAGGACAUAUCAAUGGAUUUUGUUACUGGACUGCCGCCCACAGCGAAUAACCUGAACAUGAGCAUGGUUGUGGUAGACCGUUUUUCUAAACGUGCCCAUUUCAUUGCAACAAGAAAAACCCUCGAUACAUCUCAUUUGAUAGACCUGUUAUUCCGCUGUGUGUUUUCGUAUCAUGGGUUCCCGAGAACUAUCACCAGUGAUAGAGAUAUCCGCAUCACUGCAGGCAAAUAUCAGGAAUUCACGAAACGGCUGGGGAUUAAAUCAACAAUGUCGACCCCGAAUCACCCCCAGACGGAUGGUCAAACUGAAAGGACCAUCCAGACACUGAAUAGAAUGCUCAGAGCAUACGCUUCAACAGAUAUCGAAAAUUGGCAUAAAUAUCUGCCGCAAAUUGAAUUUGUCUACAACUCAACUGCAAAUAGAACUUUAGGUGCAUCACCGUUUGAAAUAGACUUAGGAUACGUUCCUAACGAACCGGUGCUCAAGACAGAUGAGGAGCUUAAUGCAAGAAACUUUUCAGCCGUCGAAAUGUCUCGACGUUUGAAAGCUAUUACAUUACAAGCGAAGGAACGCUUGGAAGCUGCUCAGGUAGAAAUGGAAGUUAAUAACAACAAACGACGGAAACCGCUGAUCCUGGAAAGAGGAGAUGACGUUCUCGUCCACAGAGAUGCGUACUUUAAGAGAGGAGCCUACAUGAAGGUACGACCCAUUUACGUUGGUCCCUUCUACGUCGUCAAAAAAAUCCAUGACAACGCUUAUGAACUUGAUCUAGGCUCCCGCAUAGGGUUAUUAACAUCCAACACCUAA